GUAAUUUCUAGUUGUAUAGUGUUUCAGUUUCUUUCGUGCAGCACGUGUUUGUUGUGUGAGUGCGUCAAGUUAGGAAACUCGUUUUCAAACUAGUUUUUAUGAUAUUAUAAUUUAGAAUCUGUUGGUGCACCUCAUCCUUCCACACUAGCUCCACUAGAGAAGAAGCCAAGACAUCGGUAAUGGCCAGCGAAACUGAAAACAGCGCUGCGAACGCCGCUUCUGAACUCGAGGCAAAAAUCGUCAGACAAGUUGAAUACUACUUCGGUGACUUCAAUUUGCCACGGGAUCGAUUCUUGAGGGAGCAGAUCAAGUUAGACGAUGGUUGGAUCAAGCUUGAAACUCUUCUAACGUUCAAUCGCCUGAAGGCCCUCACAACAGAACCCAGUGUUGUUGUUGAAGCGCUGAAGAAAUCUUCAAAUAAACUGUUGGAGAUCAGCGAAGAUGAGAGUAAGGUGAGACGAAGUGUGGAUCGGCCUCUUCCAGAAAGCAACCAAGAGAAUCAGCAAAAGCUGGAUGAAGUAACAGUAUAUGUGAAAGGCUUCCCAAAUACUACUACAAUUGAUGACCUCUUAGAGUUCUUUGGGAAGUAUGGCAACUGCAUCAAUGUCUUCAUGCGCAAGCUUCCUUCAACCAGAACUUUUAAGGGUUCAGUGUUUGCAACAUUUUCAACCAAAGAAGAAGCCGAAAAGUUCCUUGCACUGGAAAGUGUCACAUUCAAUGAAAUAGAGCUAGUGCGCUGCAUGAAAAAGGAGCAUUCUGCUGAAAAGCACAGACAGCGACAAGAAAGACAGGCCGAAAAGGCCAAGAAGAGAGCAAAGGAUGGAUCUGCAAAAAAAGAAGAGUCUGAAGAGCAUGAAAACAAACUUGAACCAGAGAACAUUAUUUUAGGCUGUAUACUCAAGUUAGAGGGAUUAGCGGAGAACACAAGCUGGCAAGAUGUUAAGACGUUCUUUGCGCCAUAUGCGGAAAUUGCCUUUGUAGACUGCACUGUGGGGGAAAAGGAGGGGGCAGUCAGGUUUGCUGAUGAGGGCUCUGCUUCAGCUGUAGUAGAGAAGCUUCGAUCAGCUGAUAAGAAAAUUAUCAUCAAGGAUGCUGAAAUCACGGCGACAGUACUUGAGGGUGAUGAAGAAAUUGAGUACUGGAAGAAAACAGCUGCUGCAAGAAAAGAUAAGAGAGAGAAGGCAAAAUAUAACCGAGGCGGAGGGCGAGGCAAAUCCAGAGGCAGAGGAGGACGACAUGGUGGCGGCCGAAAUGCGAGAGAGAACCGGCGAGAUAAUGCUGAGAAGGGCAAGGCGAACGGAAAACGUGAUGCGGAUGCUGAAAUGAAAGAGCAUCCUGAAAAACCUGUAGAAGGAGACAAAGCUCCAAAAGUUGAGAAACCAGCAGAGAAGUCAGACGCUUCUGAAACAACCACACAGACAGCAUCCAAAAGGGAAGCAGACGGCUUGCCAGGAUCACCCCCAGAGAAGCGGGUUAAGGUGGACGGAGAAUAACCCGCAUCGUGGGCUUUCGGUCGAAAAGUACACGAUGCCGUGAUGAUUGUUGUGUUGGACUGUGAGUGUUACAUCAUUCCAGAUUACUUCUGUUGAGUGACAUGCAGCAUCACUUUUAUUAUCAUUCAUUUUUGUGUAUUCAACAUUGGACAACUGUACUCUGCAGACUAGACUACAAGUGUCUUCACCAGUCAUAAAAACUUGGCAAACUCAUUCGUGUUUCAAGUAAUGGAAAGUAAACACGUUGCACGGCUACAUUUUAUUUGGCACUACUCGAUUAGAAGUUGCUCAGUGUGGUAGUGAUGUACACAUGUUCUCCCGCUUUGUUGCAAAAUAAAAAUGUCAAUGCAUAUAACA